AUGUUGGUCAACGGUGAGGCCCAGCGCCCGAAUGGCGUGUACUCAAGUCCCCUCGUCGGCGAAUAUCCUCAUCCCCUCAAAAUUGCCAUCGUAGGCGCCGGUAUUGGAGGUUUGAGUGCCGCAAUCGCACUUCGACGACAGGGUCACCAAGUGGAUCUGUACGAACAAUCAAGACUGAACAGCGAGACCGGUGCGGCGGUACAUCUGGCGCCCAACUCAAACGGACUGCUGAGACGAUGGGGCAUCUACGCCGAGACGUUUGGUGGCAACCCGGCGGAUCACUUCAAGGAGCGAGACCAGAACAACAAGGGCGGCUUCGACGUGGACAUCACCAAACAUAAAGGCCAAUGGCAGCAUCCGUGGCAGCUGGUUCACCGUGCCUAUCUCCACAACGAGAUCCGAAGUGUGGCUACUGCGGAAGAUGGUGUUAGCACCCCGGCCAAGGUGCAUGUUGCGUCUAAGAUAGUUGGCGCCGACCCGGAGAAGGGCACUCUUCAGCUGGAGGACGGAACGACGAUCCAGGCGGAUGUCAUCAUUGGCGCUGACGGCAUCUACUCCAAGACGAGGAAAUACGUGACGGGCACCGACCCCAAGCUGUUCCGCUCAGGCAAGGCGGCUUUCCGUUUCCUCAUUCCCCGGGCCGUCGUCGAGGAGGACCCCGUCACCGCUCCCCUCAUCGACAAGCACAACCAGCUCGGUAUCUGGUUUGGAACAGACAGACGCAUCGUCAUUUACCCCUGCAACGACAAUCAGCUAUUGAACUUUGUGUGCAUUCACCCCGACGCCGAGUCUCACGCAACAGCUAGUGACGAGUGGAACAAGAAGGGCUCAAUCGAGCAACUUCUAAAGGUCUAUCAGGACUUCGACCCGGCUCUUUUGCAAUUGAUCAAGAAGGUGCACCCAGAUGAAGUGAAUGUCUGGCAGCUACUAGACAUGGACCCAAUGGAGUCGUGGACAAACGGCAAGCUCGCUUUGCUGGGAGACGCCGCCCAUCCCUUUACUCCUCACCAAGGUCAGGGAGCAGGCCAGGCCAUGGAAGACGGCGCCGCCCUGGCGGUCGUGCUUCCCAAGGGAACUUCUCCUGAGGACGUACCGGAACGACUUCGCCUCUACCAACAAAUCCGCUUGACCCGUGCACAUGCCAUCCAGGAGUAUUCCCGUCAAGCAGGCAAGGACAGAAUUCCAGGUGCUCCACCAGCUGUUGAGAUGAACACCUACCAAAACUACAACUUUGGCCACGACGAACACGACCACGCAACUAAGGUCUACAACAGAUGGCUGUGGUCAAAGAAGAAGGACCUCUACUGGCGCAUGCCCGUCGGUUACGGUCCUUUCCCAGGUCCUCGCCAGGAUACUUUCGGCCGUCGACAGCCCGGAGACAUUGAGCGCACAUUCACCACGAUGUCCGUCAAGUUCCUCACCUCGCGAACCUUCCUCGAGACCAUUCUCCCCACCGACUCCUUCCGCUUCAAAGCCCCAGGCACCGUCUGCGCCGCCUCUCUCUCGGUCACCAGGCUGAACAACAUGUCCUGGCUCGGCGGCGGCGGAUACAACCACCUGGGCCUCUACAUCCACGGCAUCGAGUACGUCAAGAAGGACGGCAGCACGAUCAACGGCACCCACCUGUCCGUGCUGUUCGAGAGCCUCACAGACCCCAUCGUCUCCGGCCGCGAGGAGCUGGGCAUGCCGAAGCUGUUCUGCGACAUCGACUUUGAGCUGCACGCGACGGCGGCCCGAGUGAAGGCAUCGUGGCGCGGCGCCACGUUCGCCGACAUCAGGCUCAACAAGCUGCGCGCGGACGACCCGAAGACGGAGCACGGCACCAUCGGCGGCGAGGCGGACUACGGCAUCCUGACGUACAGGUACAUCCCAUCCGUCGGGGAGCCUGGAAAGGCCGAUGCCGAGUAUGCGUGCGUGGUCCCGCACGAGGAGGAGGCGCGGGACGUACCCGCCACGGUACACGCUGUUUCGCGAUCGUCCGACGUCUCCGUCAAGAUGGACGCGCACGACUGGGAGAAGCUUCCCACCCUGCACCACAUUACGAAGUUCCUGUCUGAGAUGCCCAUUUACGACUUUGUGAGCGCCAAGGUGGUGGAGGGCACCGGCGUGCCCAACGUUUCCGGUGCCAGGAGGAUAGAGUAA